AUGCUCUCGACUAGAGUCGAGUCUCUUCUCGACCUGAGUCGCAUGAUCACGCCUCCACUUGCACUCCUGUUGAUAACUGUGUCACUCCUCAGAGCAUCCUCAGUCCGCGGUGAACAUUUUUCAGGUUCUAAAGCCUGCAGCAAUAUGUCAAUGAAAUUGCCAGAAAGCUUCCUACUUGGCGUUGGAUCUUCAUCUUAUCAGAUUGAAGGAGCCGCAUUUGAAGACGAUAAGGGAGAGAGUAUAUGGGACAAAUUUGUCAGAACAAGAACCGACCUAAUUGUGGACGGCUCCAAUGGUGAUAUAGCUUGUGAUAGCUACCACAAAUAUGAAGAAGAUAUUGAAAUUCUCAAAGACAUGGGGGUUGAUUUCUACAGGUUUUCAAUUAGCUGGCCUCGUAUAUUGCCUAAUGGAGACAUAUCAAAUAUCAAUCAAGCCGGUAUUGAUUAUUAUAAUAAAGUAAUUAACAAACUUAUCGAAAAUGGAAUCAAGCCAAUGGUGAGUACUGAUUUAAAUUAUUUAUCGUUACCACUAUUCUUAUUAAGGACAUUAUGCUUAUAUUUUACACUAGCAGCGUUUUUUUAUCUUUUAAUGUUUCAGGUGAAGUGGUGGUGCACAAUAAAUGAGCCACAUCUGCAUGCUGUUUUUGGGCAUGGUCAAGCUGCUCCUGAUCUACCAACGCAUGCCCCAGGCUUGAAUUACACUGGAACUGCUGAAUAUCUAGCUGGAAAAACAUUAUUACUUUCGCAUGCUAGAGCUUACCGGCUAUACGAAAAAAACUAUUUGAAGAAAUACGGAGGUAAAUUAGGUAUUGUUCUUGAUACAUUCUACUACCGGCAGUCAUCUACAUCGAAAAGUGAUAUGGAAGCUGCUGAGAGAGCAAAAGCUUUUGAGUAUGGAUGGUUUCUCAACCCUAUAUUCAGUGAAGAAGGCGGCUACCCAUCAUUGAUGACAAAGAGGAUAUCGGAAAAUAGUGAAAAAGAAGGAAGAAGACGAUCUAGACUACCUGAGUUGACAAAAGAAGAUAUUCAUCUCAUUAAAGGAUCAUCAGAUUUCCUUGGAUUGAAUCACUAUACAACGUACUACGUGGAAGACAUGAUAGCUGUCAAUAAAAAUCCAUCGUAUUAUACUGAUGCAGCAUUCAAAUCAGUACCGAAUUUAGAAACUAAAACAGCUGAACCUACUUGGAUCAAGGUGGAACCAGAGGGAUUCAGAGAAUUGUUAGUAUGGAUCAAACAUGCUUACAACAAUCCCACAGUUAUCAUCACAGAAAAUGGGUGUGGAGAUGCUGAGAGUAUCAACGAUUACAACAAAAUAGACUAUCAUAAACAAUAUCUCAAAGUAGUAAUAGAAGCCAUUGAAGAGGAUAAAUGUAAUAUAAUUGGGUAUUCUGCAUGGAGUCUAAUGGACAGCUUUGAGUGGACUUCUGGAUAUACAGAAAAGUUUGGAUUCUACCAUGUGGACUUCACUGACCCGAACAGGAAAAGGACUCCCAAGAAAUCAGCUCUAUUCUACAAAGAACUCACAGAAACAAGAAGACUUGUGGUUUAGGGUUUCAUCUUUUCUUACAAUGAAAUUCUCUCUAAUGAAGUCCAAAUGUUUUUAUUUCAACAUAACAGGAGAAACAAAUUCUAGCCAACAAUACUUUUUUCAAUAUUGCAAGAGAGUUGAAUUCAAUAAUAGCACACUGUUUUGAGAUUCCAAAACAUCUAUCAAAAUAAUCUCAAGAUUCCAUUAGUGAAAAAAAUUUCAAUUUCAGAUUAGAGAAACCGCCAUACAAAUUCAAUUGUAUAGUUGGAACACUAAAUCAUAUAAAUUCUUUAUUUUCAUAAAACAAAUUACAUAUUCCUUCAAUUGAACUUGAUUAAUAUAAAUUUUUUGUAUUCUAGUAACAUCGCUUUUGAAACAGUAUUAUUUGAAGUUUAUAUAUUGGAUAAAAUCAUGCAAAUAUUUGUAUCAAUGAUAAAACAAUUAUGACUCAUACUUGGAAAAAUGAAGGUACUCCAUAAAUUGUAUAAUUUAUACGAUUUUUAGACUAGAAAAAUUAUAUACAUCAUUUAUAAUAAGUUAAUAACUGAACGCUUGAUAGAUAAAUAAUAGAUGUAAUAAAGAAAAUCAUAACAAUAAAAAUAAAACUGCUGAAUUGUUUUUUCUUUCAAAUUAUUUUUUGUUACUUUCUGUAUUUAAAAUACCUUCAUUGGUAAAUGUAUUGAAAAAUAUAUUUUGAAUAGCUUUUAAUUGAGGAAAUAAUAGGUCUAUUAUUAGCAGCUUUUAUUGUUGGAUUUUAAAAUUUUAUCCAUUUUCAUGAUAUAGGCUAGAUUGAGAACAAUCAUUUGUUAAUAAUAGUAGUUGUUCCAAGUUACUGGAAUGCUUCACGUAAUUGUUAUACAACACUAAAUCAAAGGCAUUUUAUUUUAUGAAUUCAAAAGUUAUAUGAAUACAACAUUUUAACUAGCCAAGUUCUGUCAUUUGGCUUUACUAAUGAGUUGCCUGUGAUAAAGAUAGAGUAAGGUCUAAAUGGAUGAGAUGUACGAAUAUUUGAAUAACCUUGGUAGCAUUGAAAGCAUCAAAGGUUGGUUUUAUAUUGAUCAUUAUUAUUCACCUGCUCAUAAGUUUCAAGUUAACUAUUACCGUAUAUCACAUGGCACUAGAUAUGCUGUACUAUUACUCAAGUCUGUGACUACCUAGGCUUAACAUUCGAUUACCACUUCUACACAGUUGGUGUCAUAAGUACAAAAAAAAUUUGAAGGUUGCGACAGAAAAUUGACUUUUUUCAUUUCUCAUAUAGAUUGACCUUGCAUUAUUGCUUAGCAAAGCAUGCUAGGUUAAAUUAAUAACGUUAAAUUUAUUAGUUACGAUUAUUUUCCCAUAAUUGGUUAAUAUUUUUAUAAAUUAUAAACAAUGUGCGAUAUUAUCGAUAUUACUGUAUGUGGACUGUGAAACGCCUGAUCAAAUGGUCUUUAUCAUUGGCUUGAACAUUCUUGUUUAGAGUACCACAGUAAAAAACUUAUUGAUUGAAAAUGUUGGGAAAGAUAACGAAAAAAAUUGUUCAACUGUAAUGAAACUGACAUUAGCAAUAACAACUAUCACUAUAUAAGGUUGUACUACUUACAUCAUUAUUAAAUGCGACACUUGUUUUAUUAGCUUGAGAUAGUAAUCUUAAUCUUAAAAUAAAUGUGUACAUCCAAUAAGAUUGUACAAUCAAUGUUCGCUAAUAAAUAAUUAUAUCAAAUAAUAUACAAAAAGUUCCAUCUGUAGACAAUGUAAUGUAAGUAAGAUAAAUUCAACACAUUACAAAAUAAUGUAUUAUGUAAAUUACUACAAGUGAAUUGAUUUAGCCCAUAUGAUUAUCACUCACAUUAUCCAUGUUCCCAACUCAUAUUUGUAAAUAAUUUUGAUAUAAAUCAGAAUGACGUAUGCUUUUAUAUUAGAGCAGAAUAAAUAAAUAUUAUAUAAAAGUAAAAAUGCUGAAAAGCAAAUUUGUAAAUAGAGAAUCCACAUUUAAAAAGAUAUCUAUAUAUUUUUGAUAGUUAUCAGUAUUCAAUUAUUAUUUCGUUGAUCAGCAUAGACAACAUUUAGUGCAUAAAUGAUCCUUGAGGUUACAAAACAUUCACUUAGUUUAGCCACAGGAGACAAUCAAAGGCCUUCAUGGUAAGCAUAAAGCAUGCAUUGAUAUGUUAUUAAGGCUAUGCGAACAAAUAUGUUGGAGAUAAUUGUGCAUCAAAAUAUUACAACAAUAUUGCUAGCCGCAGGUUUUUGCUAAUGCAAACUGAUCAAGUAUUUCACAACGAAGGAAAUUAUGAACUGGACCUCACUUCAAAAACAGGCACGGUUCAUAUUGAAUGCACUUUAACACGAUACGAUACCUGAUGAAAGACAGAUCAACUAGAUUCAAUAUUCUAUGGAAUUGGGAUCACUUCCCCAGUAUGUUAAUUGAAAUAUGAAUUUGUUCAUCCAUUCUCGGCAGCUUACAAGAAUAUUGUAAAAUAAGUUUCUUUUUAAUCUCCAAUAAGUUCAUUCGUUCAAUUCAGUAAGAACAACAAGAAGCAUGUAUAUUAACGAAAUAAGACUUUAUUAUUAGGAAGGAUAUCCGAGAAAUGGUUGUAA